AUGGGAGGUCAAAAUGAGGCAUCUAACCUUCGUGAUGAAUGUUUAACUAGACAUUUGAUGGAUCAGAAAAGACAUCGGGGAAUAGAGAACCCAAGUCAACAAAAGUUGAAGAAUACUAAUUUUUCAAAGAUGAUGGUUAGCCCUGGAAAAAGGGUAUUAAAGAGAUCUGACCUUCAGAAGUCACCUUCUCAUAAGAGAAUUACUAAUCUCAUGUUGCAAGAUGAAGAGUUGCCUACCUAUGUAACAAUGGAGUCACUUUCUCCCCAUCAAAGUCAUAUGAGAAGAGUUUCUAGUUUGAACCACGAUGAGGAAGAUUAUGAAGAAGAGGAACACGAAGUUGAUUCUGUUCGAGAUGAGAACAUUGGUUCAACUUCUCAUGGCAUGUCUAAUACUCGAAAAGAAUCUAGAGCUUUGAAUGAAACUAAAAAGAGGCGCUCGAAUAAGGAAAAUUCAACUUAUGAUCCAAGUUGUCGCUCGAUGGUGCGUGCUAUCAAUACACAACUGGCGAACCAACAUAAAAACAGGCAAUAUAGGUUGCACCUUCAUUUCAAAAAGUUCUCUACAAAAGAGGAAGCAAUCAAUCAUCCUCCAAAUGGUGUAAUCAAUGCUGAUUGGGUAAAACUAUGUCAAAAAUUUGCAAGUGAAGAAUUUCAG